AUGGCAGACUCAUUCUCUUACAGCAACUGUGCUGACACUGGGGACUGCAGCUCCGAAUCAAACCUGAGCCUCUCUGUGGGCUACUACCCCAAUGAAGACACCUUCUCCAAUGAGAAUACAACCUCCUGUGAAGACCCAUCUUCCAACAACCCCUCAAUCCAUUUUGUCCCUCUGUUCCAAGGGUCAUGGCGGACUGAAAGUAAAGGGACACUCCUGGAGAGACAAGACCAAAUUCAGGACAGCACAGAGCAGUUUGGCAAACUCAACAUCACCCUGGCCUGGGAUGGCUGUAACCAUUCAGACUCAAUCAUUAAUUGGGAUCUACAUGGAGACAACCAGUGGACAGACAAAUAUCCUGAAGAGAAGACAAAACUGACUCUCAGCAAACUGAAUGGGCUGGUACAAAGGCUUGAGCAAUUUCUAGAAAAUCAGAAAGAUGACGAAGAUGAUGAGUUUGUAUUCCCUGAAUCUGCUCAAAAGGAGGAUUUCCAGCUGUCCAGCAGCACCCCUCCAGAUGUGGCUCAGGUCAGUCAUCAAGAACAUGAUGCUUGUCUUCAAGAUUUGCCCACGUUCAGCCCACCAGAAAAUGAUGCCAUCCAGUGUCCACAGACUCCUCCAAAGUUUCAGGAACAUGAACUUGCUGAGGUGAGCACAGUGAUGCCUCAUAGGCAAGCAGGGGGCAGGCCUGGUGGAGGGGCCUGGGUGGAAUUCAGGGAACAUUGCUACCUAUGGACAAAGGGACAGACAACUGGCAGACAAAGAACAAGCACUACAGAGACCUGCUCAAUCUCAUCAGAUAAGCCGAAGGGGGAGGACACUCAUUCUAGUACACAACCCCUCUCCUUUCUCAACUUCAGGUGGGUCUUCCGCUGGCUAAGGCAGCGAAUCCUCUCCUCAUUUUGGGGAAGAGAGCAUCCCAAGAAGGCCCCCAAGAACCCCCGUAAGCUGACACAAAGGAAAAGAUUCUCUCACAGAAGCAAAAUCCAACCUCAAGAACCCAUUGAAGGAGAAUACUCUAUAUUGCCAGAUUUUAAAACUUUUUGAUUGCCCCUAUUCUACAAUUCCCAUGAAUCAU